ACGGUGUGCAGGAGAUUAUACUUCAUCCGGAGUUUAGCAGUAACAGCUUUAACAAUGAUAUUGCGUUGAUCAAACUUAACUCUAACGUUACAAUGAACAAGUACGUGCAACCCGUGUGUUUGUGGACCAUGGACAGCAAUCAGGAAAUGAUCGUAGGCAAAAACGGAACGAUCGUUGGAUUCGGAUUGAACGAGCAGGAUGUUGUGUCGGAUCAACUGAAACAAGCAUUGAUUGGUGUGAUCGAUCCGUUGACGUGCAUUGCAAGUGAUCGUGCAGCAUUUGGACCUGUGCUGACGUCGGAUAUGUUCUGUGGGAAAGGACAGAUGGGUGUGGGAGCGUGCAAUGGAGAUAGCGGUGGCGGCAUGUUCUUUGAAGUCGGUGGCAAAUGGUUCGUGAGGGGCUUGGUGUCUUUCACUCCUCUGCGUGGAAAUACCGGACUGUGUGAUCCACUCAAGUACACGGCGUAUACCGAUGUGGCCAAGUACCUAGAAUGGAUUAAGAAGUAUAUUGAUCAGCGAGUGCUGUCCUUCGAAAGCGAUGUGCUGGAUAUAGACUAUGAAGAAAAAUUACGAUUAUUCAACUUCAAGACAUGCGGUGUAAUAUCGGCCAUAGAUGCUAUAGAUGGUACUACUAAAUGGAAACUGCCCUGGCUUGGGUUUGUCACACCGCAGAAUACCAAUGAAUAUAGAUGUGUUGUUACACUCAUAAGCGAAUGGUAUGCAGUAGGACCUGCUCAUUGUUUCAGGAAUGACGGCGAUGAAGCUUUCAUUAUUCUAGAUGUUGGAAACGUAUACCCUAACUCAAGUUGUAUAGUUAGCUCUGCUCCUCACGCUACUGCCAUCACCUGUGUCCAUCGCCCCCAUAAAAGGCCUAUUCGAAGGAUCAUUGUGCAUCCGAAUUUCAGUCCCAGCAAUAUUGAGGAUAAUAUUGCUCUUAUCAAGCUGCUGGCCCCAGCAGACACCACACUGCCGUACGUGAAGCCUAUCUGCCUGUCUGUAACGGCUGAGCUUAGAACGAACGCAAAGACAAACUUACACGUAGCAACGGAUUCAACGACUGAUGAGCAUUACUACAAAAACAUGCCCGUCCGCUAUCUAGAGUCUGCUGAGUGUAUGAAACAGUACACAAAACAGAAUAUCACGUUGAAUCUGGGAAACAAUAGACUCUGUGCAGAAAUAGCGAGCAAGCAGGACGAACAAAAUUGCAAUGCACUUAUAGAGGGAUCACCGCUCCAGGAAAUGAAGAUGGUCGGGGGCAAGGAGCAAUACUUUCUGCGUGGAUUCGAGCUCCACGGACGGGCAUGUGAUUUUGAAUCUGCAUCACCAAUGUACAUCAAUAUCGAACGAUACAUUGACUGGAUACUGUACAACAUGAAAUACAACGUUCUAGAAGAGUUGGAUGGUAAUUCAGCUGUUAACAUACUUCAAAAAACACUCAGAAAGGAGUGGAGCAUGUUGCAGCAGCAACCUGGAAAGGAAAAGUUGGGUCUUUUUGAUAUGGAUACCUGUGGCACACCCAAUGCGCUGUCCAAUACGAUAAAUGCCUUUCCAUGGGUCGGGUUCCUUCUGGAUGCCAAAAAUCAUGAAGAUACAUAUCCUUCCAUCAAUAGUUUAGUAGUGCUCAUAAGCAAAUGGUAUGCAUUGGCCCCGUAUAGAAGUUUUCAUAACGAUGUACAUUGGCGGUUUCUCUUACUAGGUCAGUAUAAUUCGGAUGAUUCCGGUGACUGCUACGAUAACAUAUGUAGAGAAACACACCAGGUGGUAGAAAUCGAAAAUGUUAUCUUCCCUCCUGAACAUCUAAGAUACGGGUUUGCAUUAAUAGAGCUACUCGAACCGCCGAAUCUUGACGACAAAUUUGUCAAACCCAUCUGUUUGCCGUUCAUGGACCAGCUGCAUAGGCACAAUCAGACAGAAGUGUUAAUAUCGUCCAAGGGCGAUUCGUAUAAGAUUGAAAGUAAAAAGUUAACGACGGUUGAUGACCGGAAUUGCCAACAACGAUUUUUACUAGAAAAACAUUUUCAUAGCCACAAUGAGAACUAUACGUGUGCAAUCGAGGCGGAAAAGCUUCGAAAAAUACCAUUAUAUAGCAUGCUGGGCAGUCCGAUGCAGAAGCCGAUACGCUACGGAGAAAGCACGCGCUACUUUCUGUACGGGAUGGAUAUCGAAAAUGUAUAUGGUCAAUAUAGUCUUUUGCCUUUGAAGUAUGGUCCCUACCUGUUUGAGAGUGUUACCAAGGAAGCACUUGACUGGAUAGUGGAGAGCAUGCGGGUAAAAUGGCGCCAAACUUCAUUCAUCAGCACAAGCAAGAAUGAACGGGUGCAUUUGAGCCCAGUUCAGCAUGCUUCCAAGAGGGCAUUGUUUAACUUUAACACAUGUGGGGAAUCAUCAAGCAGCUAUCCAAUGCCGUGGAUGGGGAAUGUAUUCUCCAAUGCACCGUUUUUCAACCUAAGCAGAUGUUUGGCAACACUCAUUAGCGACCGAUACGUUGUUGGUUCAGGAUAUUGUUUCAGUGAUAUUAACCCAGAAUAUGUAAUAGAAUUUGGAUUUCCUAAAGAAAACCCUUUUACAAUAGAAUGUUUUAAGACAAAUGACUCUGCAUCUUGUCCUCUUCCUAAGCAAAGCGUUGCAACCCAAAGGAUCUUCUUACAUCCACGAUACAACCGAACCAACUAUGGCAACGAUAUUGCGAUGGCUAAGCUUGCUACUCCUGUGGAUACAUCUCAACCAAAUGUGAAGCCCAUCUGCUUGCCGAUUAUUGAUGAAAUACGUAGUUAUGAUACAUCGAGCUUGGUUUUGGAUAUUGGAGAUUACUCGAAUAAUCAAAUAAAACUGCUCAACGUUGAUGACAGAUAUAUACAUCUGACGGAAUGUAAAAAACGGUGGCAAGGUUUGAAAGUUAAAUUUACAAUCGAUGAGUCGAAGCAUUGUGUGAUUAAGAGACGUACGAUCGAUGAAGAAUGUGUUCGUGUAUUCGUUGGUGCAUCGCUUCACUCAUUGCAAAGACUAGAAUCGAGUGAAAGACACUUUCUGCGCGGAUUUCAAGUGAUCUUUCCCGAAUUUUGCAGUCUCUACUAUCCUACAGUUUACACAAACACAGAUGGGUAUAUGGAUUGGAUAAUGGAAACUAUGGAGGAGCCAGAAAAACUACCGUUUGAUCUACGAAAGGUUCUAUAUUUUAGUGAAAAAUAAAACAAAAUCCUUUUUCACCUUUCCUGUUGGAAAGUGAACAAUCAAAAUGAAUGGAAAUUUCUUGACAACGAUCUAUUUUG